UCUGAGCAAAAACCGCAAGCAAGUCAACACGGAACAAGUCGUACAUUCUUCAAAAGUACUAUUGCAGCCCCCUAUACAGCCUAUAACCUCUUUAUUUUCCUUCUUUAAUCCUUCAAAUACAUUUCCUCUUUUUUUCUUCAUCAAAUCAUCUAUAUAUUUCUCUAUAAACCUAUUCCAAUUCUCCUCUUUCUUUUUCUUUCAUCCUUUUUUCCUUUUGUAAUUUCACCAUUAAUUUCUUUCUCAUCUCCAAAAUUCUCUAUUUAAGGCGGUUACAUAUUUGGGAACACGCUCACUAUCUUCUACUAUUAAUUUCCCAUCUUCAAAAUUUCCCCCUUUUUUAAAAAAAAUAUUUAAUCUGUAUGUUCAUGAUUCCCAUCAAAGGAAGCUUCUAAGAACUGAAUUUAAUUCCUGGGCAGUUAUUUUUUCUGCUCUUUUGGGGAUUUGGGUUUUUACAGGUGGGUUUUUGUUGGAAUUACAAAAUUCUUUGGAAUUGUUUACUAUAAUCAAUAAUUUCCAUGGACCGUUUGUGUUGCUUUAAUGGGUCUGAGAUUGGUGGACACCAGAGUUCAUGUACUUCAGGAAAAGGAAGAAGUAAUCAAGGUCAAAUUACUUUCGGGUAUAGUCUCGUUAAGGGAAAAGCUGACCAUCCGAUGGAGGAUUAUCAUGUAGCUAAGUUUGUAAAUAUGGAAGAACAUGAGCUUGGUCUGUUUGCCAUAUUUGAUGGUCAUUUAGGAGAUGCUGUACCUGCCUACCUUCAGAAAAAUCUGUUUCACAAUAUUCUUAACGAGGAAGAGUUUUGGGUUGACCCUGGAAGAUCAAUCCCAAAGGCCUAUGAGAAAACUGACAAAGAAAUUCUGUCACAAAAAUCCGACAUUGCCAGAGGUGGAUCGACUGCUGUUACUGCAAUACUGAUUAAUGGUCGAAGGUUAUGGAUCGCUAAUCUUGGAGAUUCCCGAGCAGUUCUCUCAAAUGGAGGCCAGGCUUUGCAGAUGACUGUUGAUCAUGAACCUAAUACUGAUAGAGAAACUAUUGAGGGUAAAGGAGGAUUUGUCUCUAAAAUGCCAGGUGACGUUCCAAGAGUAAAUGGUCAGUUAGCAGUUUCUCGUGCUUUUGGGGACAAGAGCCUCAAGUCGCAUCUUCGAUCAGACCCUUAUGUGCAAGAUAAGACUAUUGAUUUGAGCACCGAUCUUCUCAUUCUGGCCAGUGAUGGUCUGUGGAAGGUACUAUCUAACGAAGAGGCUGUAAACAUAGCGAGAAAGAUUAAAGAUCCGCAGAAGGCAGCAAAACAAUUAGCAACCGAAGCAUUGAAGAGAGAUAGCAAAGAUGACAUAUCGUGUAUUGUUGUAAGAUUCCGGUGAUCAAAAGUUUCUCAUAAGUUAAUCUGUUAGUAAGUUAAUACAUAGGGGCAAGGUGCCGUAUUUGCACACAACUUCGAUUCAUGACCAUGAAGAUCGGAGGAAUAUGCUUUCUUGUUCUUAGACGUAUUGAUUUUUGGUAAACGUAUACUUGCUUUCGACAGCAGGAAGAGGUUCGAGAUUGAUGCAAAUAUCUGAAUUCUUUUGUUAAUGAGAUAUUAUGCAAUUAUGUAUAAUUUGAUUUAUUAAUAAUGGAAGGAAUGUGGUGAUAGGUGACCUAUUUCGUGUUGUUUUUUAAAGGAUCUAGAUUGUGGUGUAUUUCUUGGAUCACAGUUUGUUCUAAGAUGAUUAUGAAUGGGAUCAAGAAUGAUGACAUUGUCUACUAGACAUUGUACAUAUGUUAUGGACUAAUGGGGGUUGGAUUUUAUUACUAAUAUAUUGUAUGUGUAUUUAUUAUUCAAA